ACUUGAACCGCAAAGUUGACCAUUUUGUUGAACUUCAAAGCUCAUAACUUUCCGCUCCUCCUCCCACAGCCGAAGGCUAUUUCUGUCUUCGCAGUCGGAUCCCACUGAUUUUGACAAAAAACUACUGAUAAUUUCUCUGCCCAGAUGAAAAUAUCUGCCUAGUCCUUCUCUCUCAGAAAGGUUUUGGAUAAACUCGAGAAAGAUAACUCGGAAGAAGGAAAGCAAGGAAAGGGAAGCGAAGAUCUACGGAUAGCAAAACAGGAGGAGGAGAAGAAGAAAGGGAAAAAUAAACAGAAGAAAGGAGGGUUCGCGAGCUUAUCAUCAAUCCCGCUUUCUGCAACUCCACAACUAUAUAUUCAAGUGUUGGAAAAUAAAAUUUUAAGUACCCAUUCAGGUUGGUGAAGAUUCACGGGCUCAAAACCAUCUUUUUGGUGUCUUUCUUCGGCCACCUGCCCUUGUUCGUCUCAUCUAAUCCGGUGGUCUAGGUUCAACCACGUCAAGCUGCUGGCUUUUCUUUAUUCGAUCUGAUUGAGGUUUUUGGGGUUCUUCCUUUCAUCUGUUGAGAUGAUAAUGUGAGAAUCAAGUUUCUUUGAGAUUUCUACAUACAGGGGAUUUACAGUGGAGGCAGAAAUGGAUCGUUCGGCCAUCACAGUGGGCCAGAUGGAUAUGCCGAUCAUGCAUGAUAGCGAUCGAUAUGAACUCGUGCGCGAUAUUGGGUCUGGCAAUUUCGGGGUCGCCAGGCUUAUGAGGGACAAGCAGACAGAGGAGCUUGUCGCUGUGAAGUAUAUUGAGAGAGGUGAUAAGAUAGAUGAGAAUGUGCAAAGGGAAAUUAUAAAUCACAGGUCACUGAGGCAUCCUAACAUUGUCAGGUUUAAGGAGGUCAUAUUGACCCCAACACAUUUAGCUAUUGUGAUGGAAUAUGCUUCUGGAGGGGAGCUAUUUGAACGAAUCUGCAAUGCAGGGAGGUUCAACGAGGAUGAGGCACGGUUCUUCUUCCAGCAGCUUAUAUCAGGGGUUAGCUAUUGUCAUGCAAUGCAAGUAUGCCAUCGUGAUUUGAAGUUAGAGAACACACUGUUAGAUGGAAGUCCAGCUCCUCGCUUGAAGAUUUGUGAUUUUGGGUACUCGAAGUCCUCGGUGCUUCAUUCGCAACCGAAGUCUACAGUUGGCACUCCUGCGUACAUUGCUCCUGAAGUGUUGCUGAAGAAGGAAUAUGAUGGCAAGAUUGCAGACGUGUGGUCUUGUGGGGUAACCUUAUAUGUGAUGUUGGUUGGUGCAUAUCCUUUUGAGGACCCUGAUGAACCUAAAAACUUCCGCAAGACAAUCCAUAGGAUAUUGAAUGUCCAGUACUCAAUUCCUGACUAUGUUCAAAUAUCUCCUGAGUGCUGUCAUCUGAUAUCAAGGAUCUUCGUUGGUGAACCUUCACAGAGGAUAACCAUGCCUGAGAUUAGAAACCAUGAAUGGUUUCUAAAGAAUCUUCCGGCUGAUCUCAUGGAGGAUGGUACGAUGAACAACCAGUUUGAAGAGCCUGAUCAACCAAUGCAGAGCAUCGAAGAAAUCAUGCAGAUAAUUGCUGAGGCGACAAUUCCUGCGGCUGGUACUCAGUCACUCAACCAAUAUCUUACAGGUAGCUUGGAUCUUGAGGAUGACAUGGAUGAGGACCUAGAGACAGAUCCCGACCUUGAUAUUGAUAGCAGCGGAGAAAUAAUCUAUGCAAUGUAGCUGAAAGUACGGCUGCCAGGGGGAAAAAAGGGGCUGGUUUCUUCGAUUAAGUUGAAUGUGAUAAGCCGGAUUGUUCAUAGGGUGCAGGAUUUAUGUAAAAAAAGUUCUUAAUCUCUUGAGGGAAGGAUUCUGUGAUUGGAUAUUUCUUAUGCUGUGAGAGUCCGUCCUGUUUGUAUUCUACUGCUUGGUAUGCUUUUUACUGAUGUGUUGUAUUGUACUUCGCAUUAUGAAUUUAUGUCCCAUGUCUUUCCACCCGUUUUUCUUGUUAA